AUGGCUGUUCACAAAGAUGUUAGUUUCCUUGCUUGCUUGCUUGUUCUUGGAUUAAUGUUUCUCCAUGUAAGUGCGACGAUAGACCAGGAUCGUGAUAUCAUCAAUCCCAGGCUUUGUACCAGAGAAUGUGGUAAUUUUAGCUAUGCGAUAUGUCCACGUUCAGAAGGAGAUCCAAGAAACCCCAUAUGUACUACAUGUUGUGCAGGCUACAAGGGUUGCCACUAUUACAGUGCCAACGGAACUUUCAUUUGUGAAGGACAAUCUGACCCAAGAAAGCCAAACGAACGUUGUUCCAAGGAAUGUGAUCGUAAAAUUGCUUAUUCAAAAUGUCCCCGUUCAGAAGGACCGACUAUAAUUAAACCCACUGGAUGCACCACAUGUUGCACGGGUUACAAGGGUUGCUACUAUUACGAUAAAGACAACAAGUUUGUGUGUGAAGGACAGAGUGAUGAACCCAAGGCUUGUACUCAACAAUGUGACCCUAAAGUUGCCUAUAUGACUUGCCCACCUGAAUCGACAAAACUUACUCGAAUUUGUGUCAAUUGUUGUACCGCAAAACCAGGGUGCAAACUCUAUGGUCAUGAUGGAUCUUUAAUUUGUAUCGGUGGCGUUAAAGCUCAUUAA